GUUUCGUGUGUUGUGGAACAAGUCGAAAGUGAAACGAGAACCCUUGCGGCUAGACUGGAGAAUCAAGCGGUUGUUGGUUGGGACCACUUUGUAUUGGAAAAACGAGCUAGGGGAGAUAAAAAGAAGGAAAAAAGCAACAACCCACACACACCAGAAGAAAGAAAGAAAAAAAAAAAUGUUGGUGGCCGACGAGCGACUUGGCACUGAAGAAAAAUGCCGCCAGACCGUUCCAAGGAGGAAAGCCCAGAGUAUCCGUGUGUGUGUGUGUGCGUGUAUAGUUAGACAACUCAGUUGGUGCCAACCGCGACGAGUUUCGGCCGCGGCCGUUCCACCGUCCGUUGCGAAUAGAUCUCAUCAACAAUAAGGCACAAUUUAGUGAGCCUUCAGUUGUUAUUCGUUUGAGUUUUUGAGCUGCUGCUGUCAUCUCUGAAUUGAAAAGAAAGUCGGUCUCGCCGGUCGGAUCGCUUUUAUCAACUGGUUUCUUCGUCUAUUAUUGCUAUUGUGCGCCAUAUAUCACUGACAAGAUUGUAUAUAACUGCAGCAGCAGCAGCAGCCGUGCCCCGUCAAUCUCCUUUUUCCCGCUUCCUCUUUGCUCUACUUCGUUAUCGCAACGCAUCCGCUCAGAGUAACAGAGAAGACCCCAACUGUGCGUGUGUGGCGGGUCGUCGUCGUUUCAACGCCAGAAUUUUUCACUAGCCUUUUUCAGUUAGACUUGGAAACGUUGAGCAAUGUAAAAUUCGUCCGUUAAGUCUUAGGAGAUUGCAGCACACCCACCCCAUCGGGGAGAACUUUUUAAAGCUCACGGAGUUCAAAAAAAGAAUUGAAAACAAGACAAAUUGGAGAAAAACAAAAAAGGUCCAAGCAAAUCUAUUUCUGCCGUCUAAAGUUAGUACGUCGUCGUCGUCGUGCCGUUUCUACAGGAUGAGAAUCCGGCGAAAUUUUUGGACGACUUUCCUAAUGCUGUCUGCUUGGUUUCCAUGUAGUUGUCUGGGAAUUCACUGUUACCAGUGCGGAGUCGAAGAUGCCGAGAACGCCUUUCCUUGCCACGUAUUCGCCAAGGCGCCAAUGUGGCACCAAUUCGAAGUCGAAUGUCCCGCAUCUCCGCCCCACCUGUGCGGCAAAACGAUCACCCACUACGACGACGGGACCGAGUCAAGCGAAGUUCGAGGAUGCGCUCCUGCUGAGAACGCUUACGAGGUUCCCAACAGGAUUGGGUGCGGACGGGACGACGGCGCAGACCGGACCAUUUUCUGCCUUUGUGGCACAGAUUUGUGCAACGGCGCCAGUCGGCUGUCUGCAGAUGUUCUUCCUUGGUCGAUGACGAAGCUUACACUCCCGCUUGCACUUCUCAUGCUCAACUUUCUCAUUCUACGCACGUUCUCUUAUUCUUGACGGCCACAAAGAAA